AUGGAACGUGAGCGCGAUCGAGCCUCGGGCUCGAUUAAUAGUCCUCCCUGGUUUGAUGGGGAAGACUAUUCUCAAUGGAAAAUCAUGAUGAGAGCUUUUCUUUACUCUCAAGAUGAGAAUAUGUGGAAUGUUGUUGAGAAUGGGUGGGUUCAUCCAACUAAACCUGAAAAUCCUAAAGCUAGUGAAUCCUCUGCUUCUAAAAUGAUUCCUAAACCAAGGGCUGAAUGGAGUGAAACUGAAAUUCGGGAUUGUAAUCAUGAUUUCAAGGCAAGGAAUAGUUUGUUCACCGCCUUGUCAAAAAAGGAGAGAGUUAGGAUCAGUCAUUGUGACACGGCCAAGAAAGCUUGGGAUCUUCUCCAAGUUACUUAUGAGGGAAAUAAAAGGGUUAGAGCUCAAAAACUUCAGAGGUUGGUCUUAGAGUUUGAAAACAUGUCAAUGGGGACUGACGAGUCAAUAGAUGAUUUCCAUGCUAGACUUAUCAAUGUGACGAGUCAGUGUCAUAGCCUUGGUGAUCCGUUUGAGGAACAUCGUAUUGUUAAGAAAUUUCUUAGGUCUCUUCCACCUAGUUUUCAGUCUAAGCAAACAGCCAUAGAAGAAGCCCAAGACAUUGACACCUAUUCCUUAGAUGAACUUGUGGGGAAUCUCAAAACUUUUGAGAUGAGGAUCAAUCCUGAAAAGAAGGUGAAAAGUGUUGCUUUUAAUUCUGUCAAAAAGGAAGAAGACACUGAAGUCAGCACAGAAGACUUGGCCUAUUUGACUAAACAGUUCAAAAAAUUCUUCAAGUCUAGAAACUCUAGUGGUCAAGGCUCAAAAAAUUCUUUUGACUCCAGUUCAAAACGCAGCUUGCCUUCUGAAAAUUCUUUUGAAAGAAACUCCAAAUCAAACAAAAUUUUCCAAAAGAAAAUCUUCAGUGAAAAACCUAAAUGUUUUGAGUGUGGUGGGAUUGGGCAUCUAGCUGUUGACUGUGGAAAUAAAAAGUAUAGCUCACGUAUGGGCAAAGCUUUGAAAUCCACUUGGAGUGAUAGUGAGUCAGAUACUCACUCUGAGAAUGAGGAAGAGAAUCUUGCACUUACCUCAACUCUUCAUAACGAAUCCUCCCAUGAAUCAGACGAUGAGGAGCAUUCGGAUGAAGAGAUGGAUGGUAAGUACAAAGAACUUUAUGCAGCGUCCAAAUCAAUUCUCAAGAAAAACCAUUUGCAAAGUGAAGAGAUUGUCUUGAUCAAAAGAGAGAAAAAGAAAGCUGAGGAUAGGUUGGAGUCAUGUAUCAAAGAGUGGGAAAGUGAAAGAUCUGACUUGGUUGAUCAGGUAAAGACUCUUCAGGUAGAAUUAAAAUCUCAAACCUCUCUUGCUAGUUCUUUAGCUUCGGAAAACGAGUCUCUAAAGCUUGAGUUGGAAGAUGCUCAGCAAAUGUUCUCUAAGUUCUCAAUCGGGUCAGACAAAGUGUCUAAGAUGAUUGGAAUGGGUAAACCUGAUAAUGACAAAAAGGGGUUAGGCUAUAAUGCUGGUGAGAAUUCUAAACCUCUGAACUUUGUGAAAAGUUCAAGUGUGAGACAACCUGAGAAAGAAAGACAUGGUCUAGGGUUCAGCCCUUACAAUCAAGUUAGAUGUCCUAGCUUUGAUAGAAAUUCUUUUGUGCGUCAAGUCAGUCAUUCAUCGUGGUCUAGGAACUUUACACCUGUUUGUCAUUAUUGUGGGACACCUGGGCACAUUCGCCCUAGGUGUAAUCUGCUGCGAAGAGAGUCUCAAAGGUUGUGGAACUCAGAAAAAGAGAAUAAGAAACUAUCGUUGCAGACUAAACUGAAAGAACAUCUGAGAGAGGUAAACAGGAUUGCUAAACUUGUUUCAAUCCCAAACAGCCUGGAUCCGAAACUGAAACAAGUUUGGGUGAAAAAGGAGUCAUAUAAUUGUUUUUCUUCGUAUCUGAAUGAUUCUUCAGUGGGUUCUGAAUUUGUUGAUGCAACUUGCUUGUUUUCUUCCAUAUAUCCUGAUUCUAAUGAUUUUGAGGUUGUUGAAGCAACAUGUUUAGUAGCAUUGACAGCACUUUCAGCCAGAAGAGCAGACACUUGGUAUGUUGAUAGCGGAUGCUCUAGGCAUAUGACAGGAGACAAGAGUUGGUUCGUCUCUUUUUCUGAUGAGUACACUAGUGGGUCUGUCACGUUCGGUGACGGAAGGAAGGCAAAGGUUAUAGGAAAAGGGAUUGUUAACACUCCAGGUAUCCCUAAUCUGAAAAAUGUUUUGUAUGUUGAAGGUCUUCAGGCAAAUCUCAUCAGUGUAAGUCAGUUGAGUGAUGAUUAUGAGGAUGUUAACUUCAAUAAACAGAGGUGUAUUGUUCUUGGCAGUGAUGGUAAGAGUAUCAUGGGUGGUGUAAGGUCAAAAGAUAAUUGCUAUUGUGUGUAUGCUAAUGAGUCUGUUGUGUCUCAGGUUUGUUUGAAAGCUAAAACUUCUGAUAAUGUUCUUGAACUCUGGCAUCGACGUUUAGGGCACGUGAACUACCAGGACAUGCUAAAACUUUCAAGCAAAGAGAGUGUGAGAGGUCUACCGAACCUAAGUGGGAAACCAGAUAAGGUGUGUGCGGGAUGCAAGCUGGGUAAGCAAUCCCGAGCAGCUCAUAGUGCAAUUAAUGUUACAAUGACUUCCCAGCCACUAGAGCUUAUGCACAUGGAUCUUGUUGGUCCGUCUCAAACUGAAAGCAUGGGAGGUAAGAAAUACAUACUGGUAUUAGUUGAUGAUUUCUCUCGCUUCACUUGGGUUAAUUUUUUAAGAGAUAAAUCUGAUACGUUUAGCAGUUUUAAAGGUUUGUGUAAUAGAAUUCUCACUGAGAAACAAUCCUCAAAUUCUUGCAUUGUUAGACUUAGGACUGAUCAUGGAACUGAAUUUAAAAAUGCAUAUUUUGCAAAUUAUUGUGAUGAACAUGGUAUUACACAUGAAUUUUCUGCUCCAAUCACCCCACAACAAAAUGGUGUUGUGGAGAGAAAGAACAGGAUUCUACUUGAUAUGGGGAGAGUAUUGCUGCACUCUGCUGGAUUAACUCCAAACUUCUGGGCAGAAGCAAUCAGCACAGCAUGCUACACUGCAAACCGGGUGUUUCUUAGACCUGGUACUGACAAAACCUCAUAUGAAUUGUGGAAAGGUAAGAAACCCACGGUGAGUCACUUAAAAGUCUUUGGAAGCCCAUGUUUUAUUUAUCGUGAUAGAGAAUACCUUGCUAAGUUUGACGCACGAAGUGAUAAAGGUAUUUUUCUUGGAUACUCUCCAAACAGUAGGGCUUACAGAGUUUAUAACAAAAGAACAUUGUCAGUUAUGGAAUCCAUUAAUGUAACAAUUGAUGAUUCUAUUGUGAAUUCAGUGAGCUUGAGUACAGAUGAUGAACAGAGUUUUGGGAGCAAGGAUGUUGUCACAAUCAAGGAAGAAGAAGAAGGGUUGGUGGAUGAUCCAAUUUUCGAUCCUCAACCUUUGAUGAGAAGAGGGUUCAAACAAGUGCAAAAGGAUCAUUCAACCUCUGACGUGAUUGGAGAUGUGAAUGAUGGAAUUAAGACUAGAAGACAGGCAACAAGUGAGAUAAGUACGUAG